UGAAAGACACAUUUCUUUGUUCCUUCAAGAUUAUUGAGUAUGUCUGUUUGAAUGUUUUAUACUUAAGAAUAUAACAUGCUUUUUUGUUUUCUAAUUCCUUGUGUCUUUAGGAGACAAGCAGCUUAAAAUCACUUUCUUCAAUUAUUUUUUGGAAAUGCAAACUCUGGAUGGUUCUAACAUCUGUUUUUUUAGUGUUGAUCUUUGUGAUUGCUUUAAGUUUAAUUUUGUAUUCAGUGGUUCACAUAGAUGAAGAUGAAUAUUGGGAUCCUGAGUUAAUUGCAAGUGGUAAACAGCACAAUUUCUCUGGAAUAGUAAACAUUAAAUGUCCAAACCCUAAUCUCUCAGAGUCUGCAUAUGAUGUGUUUGCUAAAAAUCUUAAUAAAAGGCUUAAGGAUGUAUACAGUUACUCACCUGCAUUGGGAAGAUAUUUUAUCUCAUCUGAAGUUAUUUCCUUCAGUAGAGAAAACAAUACAGCAUCAUACAACUUGCAAUUCUUGGUGCCACCUGAGAGUGCUGACUUCAUGAAGUAUAGAAUGAGUAAAGAGUUUGUAAUGAAUAUUUUAAGACAAAAUAUAUAUGACAAGCAAAACUUCUCUGACUUGGAUAUACCUGAAUGUACAGAUAUAAUACUUGACCCAUCUUCUGUUACAAUAAAAUUAACAUAAACCAUCAAUACGGGAGGAAGAACUGAAUGCAGAUUUCAAGAGUGACUUGAAGGACUCCUCUGAUCUUCUUAUGAAUUUUUUAUAUUGCAACAGCAGAAAAAUAUGACAAAUGCACACUUACAAAUUCAAAUUUAGAACAACAGUAUAAACCCCUUGAACAGCAAUCAGAGCAUAAUAUAGUACCAGAAACUGAAGCAACAAUUUUGAUAAGAGGACAAAUGUUCCAGAUCUCAGAUAAGUAAAAUCCUAUUCAGUUUAAAGACUCCUUUUUGGUGAAAUAAUAAGAAGCACAUUUUCUUAAUUUUUCUGAAAUCUACAAAAAAGUGUAUUUAAAGAAAAAAACC